UCUCAAAACUCCAAAAGAUCUUCCGUUCCCUUCCCUUCUCUUCCCUUCCCUUUCUUUCUCUUCUUUUCUCAGUGUCUGUCACCAUAAGCAACCAUCACCGCUUUUAUAUAUUUUUCUUUCAUGAAUUAUUAUUGUUUUUAUUAUUAUUUACAUCAAAGAGGGAAAAUCUCAUUUUGGCAGCUGCAUCGUUUCGCCAUCUAAAUCAGAGUUUCCUGUUUUGAAAUCAGUUCUGUUCUAUAUACAAAUAGUCAGGGAAUGUUGAAUUACGAUAUUUUAAUUCUUGAUUGGUAGCCGGUUUUGGCUGGAUUUUGGGUUGUUGGUUUUGAUAUCAGAAGCAGAAAGGAAAAACUUAAAAGUAGAUUUCUGCUUCAAUGGCUGCUUCCAGUGAAAGGUGGAUUGACCGCCUUCAGUUUUCCUCGUUGUUCUGGCCUCCCCCAUCAGAUGAUCAACAAAGAAAGGAUCAAAUUGCGGCAUAUGUUGAGUACAUCGGUCAAUUUACAUCAGAACAAUUUCCUAAUGAUAUUGCUGAGUUGAUUCGGAACCGUUAUCCAUCGAAAGAAAUGCUCCUCUUUGAUGAUGUCUUGGCGGUACUGGUUCUUCAUCAUUCAGAGCAUGGGCAUGCAGUUGUACAUCCAAUUAUUUCAUGUAUUAUUGAUGGUACGCUGGUCUAUGAUAAGACUAGUCCUCCAUUUGCUUCUUUCAUUUCUUUAGUCUGCCCAAAAAGUGAGAAUGAAUACUCAGAACAAUGGGCUCUGGCAUGUGGAGAAAUUUUGCGUAUUUUAACUCAUUAUAACCGGCCCAUAUACAAAAUAGAAAGACAAUAUCAUGAAACAGAAGGAAGCAGUAGUAGCAGCCAUGCAAUGACUAGUGAUUAUGUAGAUGGGGAGUCUGGCCAUAAUUCUAUGAUGCAGCAAGAGAAGAAACCAAUAAGGCUCUUGUCCCCUUGGAUUACUGAUAUAUUACUGGCUGCACCUUUGGGCAUUAGAAGUGACUAUUUCCGGUGGUGCAGUGGUGUAAUGGGUAAAUAUGCUGCAGGAGAACUCAAGCCACCUACAACUGUUUCUUCACGUGGUUCUGGGAAACAUCCUCAACUCAUGCCUUCAACUCCGAGAUGGGCUGUUGCUAAUGGUGCUGGUGUUAUAUUGAGUGUUUGUGAUGAUGAAGUUGCUCGUUAUGAGACUGCUACUUUGACAGCCGCUGCUGUCCCUGCACUACUACUUCCUCCUCCAGCAACAGCUUUAGACGAGCAUCUUGUUGCUGGAUUACCAGCUCUAGAACCAUAUGCACGUUUAUUUCAUAGAUAUUAUGCCAUUGCAACACCUAGUGCAACUCAAAGACUUCUUCUUGGACUUUUAGAAGCUCCUCCAUCAUGGGCUCCAGAUGCACUUGAUGCUGCUGUGCAGCUUGUAGAGCUUCUUCGAGCUGCGGAAGACUAUGCUUGUGGAAUAAGGCUUCCUAGAAACUGGAUGCAUUUUCACUUCUUGCGUGCCAUAGGGACUGCAAUGUCUAUGAAAGCUGGUGUAGCAGCAGAUGCUGCAGCUGCUCUGCUUUUUCGUGUACUUUCUCAGCCUGCAUUACUUUUUCCUCCGCUAAGACAAGUUGAUGGUGUAGAAGUUCAACAUGAACCUUUGGGUGGCUAUAUUUCUUCCAACAGAAAACAGAUUGAAGCUGCUGCAGCUGAAGCCACUAUUGAUGCUACAGCCCAAGGUAUUGCAUCAAUGCUUUGUGCCCAUGGACCAGAGGUUGAAUGGAGAAUUUGUACCAUUUGGGAAGCUGCCUAUGGCCUGAUUCCCUUAAAUUCCUUGGCUGUUGAUCUUCCAGAAAUUGUAGUUGCUACACCACUUCAACCUCCCAUACUCUCAUGGAAUUUGUACAUACCCCUACUCAAGGUUCUAGAAUAUCUUCCUCGUGGAAGUCCAUCUGAAGCAUGUCUCAUGAAAAUAUUUGUUGCCACAGUGGAAGCUAUACUUCAGAGGACAUUUCCAGCUGAGUCCAUUAAUGACCAAAAACGGAAAACAAGAUACUAUGGCAUGGGGUCUGCCUCCAAAAACCUUGCGGUGGCAGAACUUCGUACCAUGGUGCAUUCGCUUUUCUUAGAAUCACAUGCAUCUCUUGAGCUUGCUUCGCGUCUGCUAUUUGUUAUCUUAACUGUUUGUGUUAGUCAUGAAGUCCAAUUCAAUGGAAGCAAGAAACCAAGAGGUGAAGAUAAUUAUUCAGUGGAAGAAAUUAUUGAGGAUUUGCAAGCAGUUUCUGAAAGCCAGAGACACACAAAAUAUAGGAAAACGAAGAAACAAGGUCCUGUAGCAGCAUUUGAUUCUUAUGUUCUGGCUGCUGUUUGUGCUCUUGCCUGUGAGCUUCAGCUGUUCCCUCUGGUCUCACAGGGGGACAAUCACUCAAUCCCCAAUACUGUACAAGAUAAAGCCAAGCCUGUCAAAGUAGAUGGAUCCUCCCAUGAGUUGCAGAAUGGCAUAGAUUCAGCAAUACGUCAUACUCACAGAAUUUUAGCAAUUUUAGAGGCAUUAUUUUCAUUGAAGCCAUCUUCUGUUGGUACCUCAUGGAGUUACAGCUCAAAUGAAAUUGUUGCAGCAGCUAUGGUGGCUGCACAUAUUUCUGAGCUAUUUAGGAGGUCAAAAGCUUGCAUGCGUGCUCUGUCUGUUUUGAUGCGUUGCAAAUGGGAUGAUGAAAUUCACUCUAGGGCAUCCUCAUUGUACAACCUCAUAGAUAUUCACAGCAAAGCUGUUGCAUCCAUAGUUAACAAGGCAGAGCCAUUGAGAGCAACCUUGAUUAAUACUCGUAUUUGUAAAGACCCCUGUCAUAGUGUUAAAAGACAGAAUCUAUAUGAAAGUAAUAGCUUCCCUGGGCAGACAUCUGUCUCACCUUCUGAGGAUUCAGCUCCCUCAUUACAGAGUCAAAAAUCUAAGAGAACUUCAUAUUCAAAUGAAGCAUCAGGAUGUACCUUUGGAAAAGAUGCCACAACUCUCCCAUUGGAUGCUUCUGAUCUAGCCAACUUCCUAACAAUGGAUAGGCAUAUAGGAUUUAAUUGCAGUGCCCAAAUUUUUCUGAGAUCCAUGCUGGCAGAGAAGCAAGAGUUAUGUUUCUCUGUAGUGUCACUACUAUGGCACAAGUUGAUUGCAUCUCCUGAGACUCAACUUUUUGCAGAAAGCACUUCUGCUCAACAGGGAUGGAGACAGGUUGUUGAUGCAUUAUGCAAGGUUGUAUCUGCAUCCCCAAUGAAAGCAGCUACAGCAGUUGUUUUUCAGGCUGAGAAAGAAUUGCAUCCAUGGAUUGCCGAAGAUGAUGAUCUAGGUCAGAAGAUUUGGAAAAUCAAUCAGCGGAUCGUGAAAUUGAUAGUUGAACUAAUGAGGAAUCAUGAUAAUUUAGAAUCAUUAGUAAUCGUGGCAAGUGCAUCAGAUCUACUACUACGAGCCACAGAUGGAAUGCUGGUGGAUGGAGAAGCUUGCACUUUACCACAGCUAAAGCUAUUGGAAGCAAUGGCUAAAGCAGUUCAGCCAGUGAUUGAGUUGGGAGAAUCUGGACUUGCAGUUGCAGAUGGCCUUUCGAACCUGUUAAAGUGUCGCCUACCGGCUACAAUCAGAUGCCUUUCUCAUCCCAGUGCACAUGUCCGAGCUCUGAGCAUUUCUGUUCUUCGUGACAUUUUGCUUACUAGUUCCAUUAGUUCUGGUCCUAAACUGCCACAAAAGAAUGGCAUCCAUAAUCAGUACUUCAAUUUGGAUCUUAUUGACUGGAAAGCUGACGUAGAAAAAUGCUUAACAUGGGAAGCUCACAGCCGGCUUUCAAAUGGAUUGCCUAUUGAGUAUCUCAAUACUGCUGCGAAGGAUUUAGGUUUCGCUAUUUCCAUCUGAAAUGAAACCAUGUGUAACCAUUUUACCUUUGACAAUUUUUUUCAUCUCCCCACAUGUAGGAAAUUUAACGUUAUUUAUCUUAGGAACUUAUUGGUUUGCAAAUAAGUAUCUUCUCUUUAUGCUAGUUCUAUUACAAGGUCACAGUUGUUAUUCCAGCUCUUUUUUUCUAAAACAUGACAUCAUGCAAGGAUGAUAGUGUAGAUAAGGGUGACACUGGAACUAUGGUAAGGCUCACUUUUAUAUUAUGCUCAUGUGUUGUAAUUAAUUGGAGAAUAUUUCCGUUGCUAUUUAUUUAGGAAUCGGGUUCGUGUUCUGCUUACUAACAUGUACAAGAAAGAUAAGCCAAUAGCCAUAUUUUUUUUCAACCCUUUCAUUGGUAGAUUUGGUUCGU